AGUUCAGAGAGAGGAAAGGAGAGGGAGAAGGAGAGAGGGGCAGAGGAGAAGAGAGAGAAGGAGAGCACGCAAGAGAGGAAGGAGCGCCUUAGAGUCUCUGAAGCACGCAAGAGAUAACCAAUUAGGAAUUUUUUGGGCAACUGUCACCCAGGAGAGCAGCCAGAGAAUCACCAUCACCCCAACUCUGACGUUUCCUACAAGAAGUUAGAGACUUAAGCAGUAUUAACAUCGGAGGGAAAUGAUAUGCUUGACGCUGUGGAAAAUACCCCUGAACUGAAGAAGUGCAACUGGAUGUUGUGUGUGUGUUAAAUACCAGAAGAUCCCAGACCCCGUGGGUAAUAGAGACGAAAUGUGGAGAGAAUGACUAACGACAAAUCUGUGAAUUUGUUCUCUGGAGUUGCUAAUUUGCCAGCCCGAAGCAACACAUUUUACAAGGAGGAAACGUUUUGCUGCUUCUGAUUUCUCCCCAAACUGGUGCUACCAGAUGCAUGGCUUUCUAUGUGUUGGAACAAAUCAUUCCUAACUGCAGCAUACCGGGAAAGGGGAAAGGUUGAGGCAACUAACUGGCUGUCUCCAAAUAAGCGAUGAGAGGUAAUGCGUCCUCCAGUCCAUGCACACUUCCUCUUGCAGUUCGUGCAUCAUUCCUCAGUGGAAACCUUUAAACGCUAAAAUCCAGGAAAAGAAAAUAAAUACAUUAUCAUGGACCUGAGGGAUUUUUACCUGUUGGCUGCUCUGAUUGCCUGUUUAAGGCUGGAUUCCGCAAUAGCUCAAGAACUUAUUUACACUAUUAGAGAGGAAUUGCCUGAAAAUGUGCCCAUAGGAAACAUACCAAAGGAUCUGAACAUUUCUCACAUCAAUGCUGCCACAGGGACCAGCGCCAGCCUUGUCUACAGACUGGUUUCUAAAGCUGGGGAUGCCCCUUUGGUGAAAGUCUCCAGUAGCACUGGGGAAAUUUUCACAACCUCCAAUAGAAUAGACAGAGAAAAACUCUGUGCUGGAGCCUCUUAUGCUGAGGAGAAUGAGUGUUUCUUUGAACUUGAGGUGGUGAUCCUCCCCAAUGAUUUUUUCAGGCUGAUCAAAAUAAAAAUAAUUGUUAAGGAUACCAAUGAUAAUGCCCCCAUGUUUCCAUCUCCUGUCAUCAAUAUUUCCAUUCCAGAAAACACUUUGAUCAACAGCCGCUUUCCAAUUCCAUCAGCUACAGAUCCUGACACAGGCUUCAAUGGUGUACAGCAUUAUGAAUUGUUAAAUGGGCAGAGUGUUUUUGGACUGGAUAUCGUGGAAACUCCGGAGGGAGAGAAGUGGCCGCAAUUGAUUGUUCAGCAAAACUUGGACAGAGAACAGAAAGAUACCUAUGUGAUGAAAAUCAAAGUAGAGGAUGGAGGCACUCCACAGAAAUCCAGCACAGCCAUACUGCAGGUCACAGUAAGUGAUGUAAAUGACAACAGGCCAGUAUUUAAAGAGGGUCAAGUGGAGGUGCAUAUUCCAGAGAAUGCUCCUGUAGGCACCUCUGUAAUUCAGCUCCAUGCCACUGAUGCAGAUAUAGGCAGUAAUGCUGAAAUCCGGUACAUUUUUGGUGCCCAGGUCGCCCCUGCAACCAAAAGACUCUUUGCUUUAAAUAAUACUACUGGGCUGAUUACAGUUCAGAGGUCCUUAGAUCGAGAGGAGACAGCCAUUCACAAAGUGACAGUGCUGGCUAGCGAUGGCAGCUCCACUCCCGCUCGAGCAACGGUUACCAUCAAUGUCACUGAUGUAAAUGAUAACCCUCCAAACAUAGACCUCAGGUACAUUAUAAGUCCCAUCAAUGGCACAGUGUAUUUAUCUGAGAAAGAUCCUGUCAAUACAAAGAUUGCCCUAAUUACAGUUUCAGAUAAGGACACGGAUGUGAAUGGCAAAGUGAUCUGUUUUAUUGAAAGAGAGGUCCCAUUUCAUUUGAAGGCUGUAUACGACAACCAAUACUUGUUAGAGACCUCUUCUUUGCUGGACUAUGAGGGCACCAAAGAAUUCAGCUUUAAAAUUGUUGCCUCUGAUUCUGGGAAGCCCAGUUUAAAUCAGACUGCCCUGGUAAGGGUUAAGCUUGAGGACGAAAAUGACAACCCACCAAUUUUCAACCAGCCUGUAAUUGAGCUGUCAGUUUCUGAAAACAACCGACGUGGGUUAUACUUAACAACUAUUAGUGCCACAGAUGAAGACAGUGGGAAAAAUGCAGACAUUGUUUAUCAGCUUGGACCGAAUGCCUCCUUCUUUGAUCUGGACCGAAAGACAGGAGUUUUGACAGCCUCCAGAGUCUUUGACAGAGAAGAACAAGAACGAUUCAUUUUUACAGUAACUGCCCGGGACAACGGGACACCUCCCCUCCAAAGCCAAGCAGCUGUGAUAGUCACCGUUCUGGAUGAGAAUGACAAUAGCCCCAAGUUUACUCAUAAUCAUUUUCAAUUUUUUGUGUCUGAGAAUCUGCCAAAGUAUAGUACUGUGGGGGUAAUCACAGUGACAGAUGCAGAUGCUGGAGAGAAUAAAGCGGUGACUCUUUCCAUUCUAAACGACAAUGAUAAUUUUGUGUUGGAUCCCUAUUCUGGAGUCAUAAAGUCAAAUGUCUCAUUUGAUAGAGAGCAGCAGAGUUCUUACACUUUUGAUGUCAAAGCCACUGAUGGAGGACAACCACCUCGUUCCUCUACUGCAAAAGUAACUAUCAAUGUCAUGGACGUCAAUGACAAUAGCCCAGUUGUCAUUUCUCCACCUUCUAACACUUCUUUUAAGUUGGUGCCCCUCUCAGCCAUUCCUGGCUCCGUGGUAGCAGAAGUUUUUGCAGUGGAUAUUGACACUGGGAUGAAUGCUGAACUUAAGUACACAAUUGUGAGUGGGAACAACAAAGGCUUGUUUAGGAUUGAUCCUGUCACAGGUAACAUUACUCUGGAGGAAAAACCGGCACCUACUGAUGUGGGCUUGCACCGUUUGGUGGUCAACAUAAGUGACUUGGGAUACCCUAAGUCUUUGCACACACUUGUGCUUGUUUUUCUUUAUGUUAAUGACACUGCUGGAAAUGCCUCCUAUAUCUAUGACUUGAUUCGCAGGACUAUGGAGACCCCAUUGGACAGGAACAUAGGGGAUAGUAGCCAACCCUAUCAAAAUGAGGACUAUCUCACCAUCAUGAUCGCCAUCGUCGCCGGCGCCAUGGUGGUCAUAGUCGUGAUCUUCGUCACUGUUCUGGUGCGUUGUCGCCAUGCAUCAAGGUUCAAAGCAGCUCAGAGGAGCAAGCAAGGUGCUGAAUGGAUGUCCCCAAACCAAGAGAACAAACAAAACAAGAAAAAGAAAAGGAAGAAAAGAAAGUCUCCCAAGAGCUCUCUUUUGAACUUUGUUACAAUUGAAGAGUCCAAACCCGAUGAUGCAGUUCACGAGCCUAUCAAUGGGACAAUAAGCCUGCCAGCUGAGCUGGAGGAGCAAAGUAUAGGAAGAUUUGACUGGGGCCCGGCACCACCCACAACCUUCAAACCUAACAGCCCUGACCUGGCCAAGCACUACAAAUCUGCUUCUCCACAGCCUGCUUUUCAUCUUAAACCGGACACUCCAGUUUCCGUGAAAAAGCAUCACGUGAUUCAGGAACUCCCUUUGGACAACACCUUUGUCGGGGGUUGCGACACCCUUUCCAAACGCUCUUCCACUAGUUCAGAUCACUUCAGUGCCUCAGAGUGCAGUUCCCAAGGAGGCUUCAAGACAAAGGGCCCCUUACACACCAGACAGUGUAACUCACACAGCAAAAGUGACAAUAUUCCUGUCACUCCUCAGAAAUGUCCCGGCUCUGCGGGUUUCCACAUUCAAGAGAAUGAAGAAAGCCAUUACGAGCCACAGGACGAAUUCUACGACCAGGCCUCUCCGGACAAGAGGACGGAAGCAGAUGGCAACUCUGACCCCAACUCUGAUGGGCCUCUGGGACCCCGAGGGUUAGCUGAAGCUACGGAAAUGUGCACUCAAGAGUGCUUGGUUUUGGGUCAUUCUGAUAAUUGCUGGAUGCCACCUGGCUUAGGUCCAUAUCAACACCCUAAAUCUCCUCUCUCAACCUUUGCACCCCAGAAAGAAUGGGUCAAGAAAGACAAGCUUGUGAAUGGGCACACCCUGACCAGAGCCUGGAAAGAAGAUAGCAACAGGAACCAGUUCAAUGACCGUAAGCAGUAUGGCUCCAGUGAAGGCCAUUUCAACAAUGGCAGCCACAUGACAGACAUUCCUCUGGCAAAUCUGAAGUCUUGUAAGCAAGCAGGAGGUGCUAUUGAGAGUCCUAAUGAGCACCAACUCUAAAAAAAAAAAGGCUAUAUGGGACCUAAUAACUUUAAUCUAAAUAGAUAUGCUAAUACCAUGUGUGUCAGAGCUUUAUGUAUUCAGUAGAUCUCUACAACUAUGCCCCUUGUAGCAGGGAUAUCCAUAACUUUGUGUUAGCACCAUGGAGGAUACAAUGUUUUACAACGUAAGAGAGAAAAUAGUUCUACUAGCUAUGUGAUCUUGUUUACUAGAAUUAAUUA